AUGUUUUUUCUUAAAGACCUCUCGUUGAACUUGACGCUCCAUCCGUCGUACUUUGGCACGCAGAUGGACCAGUACUUGCGAGAUAAACUUCUUCUGGACGUUGAGGGUACAUGCACAGGUCAGUUUGGCUACAUUGUGUGUGUUUUGGAUUGUAUGAAUAUCGACGUGGGCCGGGGCAGGAUCAUCCCGGGCUCGGGAAUGGCUGAGUUUGAGGUGAAGUACCGGGCGGUGGUGUGGAAGCCGUUUAAGGGUGAGGUUGUGGAUGCUGUGGUGACCACGGUGAACAAGAUGGGUUUUUUUGCUGACGUGGGGCCCUUGUCUGUGUUUGUGAGUACCCACUUGAUUUCUUCGGAUAUGAAGUUCAACCCUUCGGCGAAUCCACCGGCUUACGUGAGUCCUGAUGAGACUAUAGAGAAGGGGUCUCGUGUGAGGUUGAAGAUUGUCGGUACGAGAACCGACGUGAACGAGAUCUAUGCUAUUGGUUCGAUCAAGGAGGACUACUUGGGACCCAGUCCUUUGUAA